AUGGCGAUAUCGGCGUGUCCGCAGGCGGGCUCGGACGGUAGGCAGCCACCAGGAGCCGGGGCGGCGUUUGCAAACGCAGCGACUGCGAUGGCGGCGAUGAUGACUCUGACUGCGAAGCGCAUUGCGAAUAAGGAGCGGAUGGAGACAGGGAAGGUAGCAGCCAAGACGCUCGACCGGGGGGCGUCCGUUGGGGCGAACGUUGGCGUUGUGUGUAUUGAAACAUACGAUACAGCCUGUGGGCAAGCAAAUUGUGGCGUCCCAGUGACGAGUCAGAAUCACGAGGUUUCUGACCAAUCGAGGACUAUCCUAGCACGGCGCAUAUACCUGACCGUCGGGCGACACGCUUCGGUCAUCAGCGCACUUCGCAUCGCUGUUUCGUAUUCAUUUCUCAACAAUGUCAUGAACAUAGUGGCUGCUCCGGACGAUUGCGGUCAGCUUACGCCAGAAGACCGGAUUCAGCAGCUGAAGGAUCAUCAAGCUCGCUGCGCCCAACAACAAGCAUGGUGGCUCUCGAAGAAGAUAUUCCCAGCAGAAGGGCUCAUUAAGGUGGACCUUGAUCCAUCACGUCCACGUCUCAGUCGCCAUUCUUCCUGUGCGGACUUGUCACAAGCAUUGUCUGCCGCGAUAUCUGCACCGCUCGCACCGCUUACCCUGCCAAUGCCAGAGCCUCAGUACAAAACAUCUGACUCGCAUCCGAUCAAAGUAUCUCCCCUUAUCCCGUUCGAGCUCCUGCGCGUUAUUUCUUCUCAUCUUACACGCGUAGAGGAACCGUCCCCCGUCAUAUUCGACCUACCGCCCGCCUACCACAUCGACCGCGUCGUCACACAUCUACCGGAUCUUCGCGCUAACUUUGUCUGUCGAGCAGCGGUUCCACCUGCACCGUCCCCUAAUUCUGUGCUAGGCUUGCGCUCGAUCACUCCUCCUUGUGCGCCCAAGCUUACGGCAGUCGGAGACGGCGGGAUUGGCCAAAUAGACUUCUUGGAUGUUUCGCGCGAUGUCCUCUCGGCGCACAAGAAGAUCGCAGAAGGUGAUCUGCGGAGAUCGCAUUCGGCGCCUUCCGCAAUUCCACACGGGAACACAUGCGAGCCAGAAGUUCCGGUGCCCUCGAUGCCUCCGCAGUUCGCAGUGCCUACGUCAUUCACGCUAGGGAACCUCUUCCUGUCUUCCUGUCCAGGAAAGAAAGUGAGGUUAAAUGGGCCGGUGAAAGGUCGGGCUACAAUAUGCAGAGACUUGACUGCGGAUUUGCAACGUAUCAAGGAGCUCGGAGUGGCCUGCAUCGUCUGUUGCUUGGAUGACGACGAGCUCGAGCUAUUGGGCGUAUCCUGGAACGAUUACGCGUGCCUCACCAACGAGCUGGGGAUGGAUGUCCUGCGGAUACCUAUCCCCGAGGGUCUUCCGCCCGCGUCCGCAGAUGCGCUUGACACGGAGCUCACCACAGUCAUCAACACAUACACCCUGCGUGGCGCGAGCGUCCUCGCGCACUGCCGCGGCGGGCUUGGGCGCGCAGGGCUUGUCGCAUGCUGCUGGCUCGUGAAGCUCGGGCUGUGCGGCUGGAUCGAGACCGCGCCCGCGCCCGCUGCACCUGAGGUUCGCGCGGCGUCAUCCGAGCUGCUCGAACGCCAUAUGGUGCGCCGAGACACGAUGCAGCUCGUGGAGCGUGUGAUUGGCAUCGUAAGGCGCCAGCGCAGCCCAAAAGCCGUGGAAACGUACGAACAGGUGCAGUUCCUGGUGGAUUUCAUAGAGCUAUUGCGGGCGAAGUCGGCCAGUAGCGUCGUGAACACCGGCGCCAUCGCGGAUUGGGAAUCGUUUAUAGACUAG